AUGAGAUCCUGCAAUGAUGAUGAUAAAAAUAAUGAUUAUAAUGAUAAUAAUAGCGAUGAUGAUAAUGAUCAGAAUAAUAAUGACAAUGGUAAUGAUAAUGAUAAUAACAAUGACAAUAAUGAUAAUGAUAACGAUUAUAAUGAUAACGAUUAUAAUGAUUAUAAUGAUAACGAUUAUAAUGAUAACGAUUAUAAUGAUGACGAUUAUAAUGAUUAUAAUGAUAACGAUUAUAAUGAUAACGAUUAUAAUGAUUAUAAUGAUAAUGAUAAUAAUGAUUAUAAUGAUAACGAUUAUAAUGAUGACGAUUAUAAUGAUUAUAAUGAUAACGAUUAUAAUGAUUAUAAUGAUAACGAUUAUAAUGAUUAUAAUGAUAACGAUUAUAAUGAUUAUAAUGAUAAUGAUAAUAAUGAUUAUAAUGAUAACGAUUAUAAUGAUAACGAUUAUAAUGAUUAUAAUGAUAACGAUUAUAAUGAUUAUAAUGAUAACGAUUAUAAUGAUUAUAAUGAUAACGAUUCUAAUGAUAACGAUGAUAAUGUACCGUAA